CUUGGAUGCCGCUGAGGCCGAGUCGGCGCUGAGCGAACCGUGGAGGGGGGGGGAACGCGCGAAAAGGCGGCGGCGACCCCCGCGAGUCGCGACAUUAUCGCGACACUAUCGCGACAUCAUCGCCAUUCCCCGGCCGGCAGGGCGCGCCUGGGCCGCUUCGCGAGCCUCCGCAGGCGCCCCCCGAGGGGAUGCCGAGAGCCCCCCAAAAUGGCUGACAAGAGGAAGCUGCAAGGUGAGAUUGACAGGUGCCUCAAGAAGGUCUCGGAGGGCGUGGAGCAGUUUGAGGACAUCUGGCAGAAGCUCCACAACGCCGCCAACGCCAACCAGAAGGAGAAAUACGAGGCCGACCUGAAAAAGGAGAUCAAGAAACUGCAGCGGCUGCGGGACCAGAUCAAGACAUGGGUGGCCUCCAACGAGAUCAAGGACAAGCGGCAGCUGAUCGAGAACCGCAAGCUGAUCGAGACGCAAAUGGAGAGGUUCAAGGUGGUGGAGAGGGAGACAAAGACCAAAGCCUACAGCAAGGAGGGGCUGGGGCUGGCCCAGAAGGUCGACCCCGCGCAGAAGGAGAAGGAGGAGGUCGGGCAGUGGCUCACGAACACGAUCGACACGCUCAACAUGCAGGUGGAUCAGUUCGAGAGCGAGGUGGAGUCGCUGUCGGUGCAGACCCGCAAGAAAAAGGGGGACAAGGAUAAGCAGGACCGCAUCGAGGCGCUGAAGCGGCAGGUGGAGCGGCACCGUUUCCACGUGCGGAUGCUGGAGACGCUGCUGCGGAUGCUGGACAACGACUCGAUCCCGGUGGAUCCGGUGCGGAAGCUGAAGGACGACGUGGAAUAUUACGUGGAUUCCUGCCAGGAGCCCGACUUCGAGGAGAACGAGUUCCUCUACGACGACCUCGACCUCGACGACAUCCCGCAGGCUCUGGUGGCCACGUCCCCCCCCAGCCAUUCCCAGAUGGAAGAUGAGAUUUUCAACCAGAGCAGCAGCACCCCGACCUCCACCACCUCCAGCUCCCCAAUCCCGCCCA